AUGUUGGAAGAAAUUAUCGCUGGUUUUCUGUCGUUGUUCUCGACGUUCACCAUGGACACACCACAUCUGUCCCGAGACAAAGAAUGCACAAUUGGAUCUGGUGUGGAAAAAUUGGAUAGGCAAUCCGCUUUGCGGGAUGACGAGACGCACACAGAAUACGGAACAUUCUUAGAUGAAACGGUUUUCUCAACGAAGUUAGAAUAUGUGCAAAUCGAAGGAGACGAAAUCGAAGUCAAACCAACAUUCCGCCAAUCGCUCGUGCGAAGUCUGCAAGCAAAUCUUAGCAUGACCUUGGCAGUAUUUCUGCUUGCGGUAAUCGGAAUGACUGUAAUAUAUUUUGAUCUCAGGACUUGUGAUUUGUGUUACGAAUGGAGAAAUCAUAACAAUACCAUACCGUUCCCCGUUAUGCGGUUUAAGCUAAUCGGUGAUUGCAUCGAGGGGAUUUUGUUGAAUCUUUGGUUUCCUGCAAGUUUGGUGAUUUUGUUUGGCUGGAGUGAUUUCAAACGGCAUUAUGCUUCGACUGCCUAUGUGGGUUUUGUAAUUGGUUUAAUGGCGACAUUGUAUUUGACAUUUCUAUUACUGUUUGGUGUUUAUGAUACAAAAGUUGUAUAUCGUGUGCCAGGCAACGUGUUGUUCGCGACCGGUCUAAUAGUGGGCAGUCUGCGUGUUGUCCGUAAGGUGCGCGAAAUCCAUCCGAGCGUUUCGUAUUCCGACGUUCAAAUCAUGACAGUCGUUUCGGUGGAGUUCCUCACCUCGUUUUUGAUAGCGAUGUAUUACCGAUAUGCUGCCGUCUCGUGGUUCAACGCCUUGAACAAUGAAACGUAUAAAUUUAUCGUAGCGACGUUAACCCCACUGCUUGCAUUGCUUCCGACCGCCAUCUGCAAACACAUGGCUCUGUGGCGCAGCUCGGAAAUUAUUGAGCCACAGCGAAGCUUUGUUCUUGUGUACUUUAUGCGCGGAGCGAGUAUAACACUGUAUCGUGUCAUGCAGGCUGACUUUAAGAGUGUAUGGCUGUUUAUCGGACUGUCGUUGUUCUCCGGCUUCUCGUAUGUGUUUAAAACCGCAACGUUGAGCUUACGGAAUAAAAUAUGGGCGCGUGUGAUUAAACUAUUGAGAAAUACCUGUUGUUCAAGACUACGCCAACUGCCUAUCAAUACUCCCCACUCCAGAAGACUCAAAGCUGAUUCUGAGAUUCAGAACAUACUCUUUGAAAACAAUACUUUAAUAAUCAGUCAAGCGUAUUUGGUCCUAUAUAUGAUUACAAGUUUUGAACUUUCAGAUUGGGCUGUGAUAAAGGAAUCGCUGAUCAGGCUUGCGAUUGGAUUGGCCAUCGAAUUUUUUUUCCAUACUUUGUCCAUCUUUUUUCACAUUCAUUGGUACAACAUUCCAAUUCCACGAGUAUGGUCGCAAUGUUGGCGACGACAUGUUUUUGCAAACGCAGUUAUUCUUGUGGUGAUCGUGUGCUAUUUUACCGGCGUUCUUCUAAGCGUGUUCCAGGUUCGAAUGUCCGAAAGCUCAGAGGUGUAUAUAAUCAGAAAUUGUACCCUCCCUUAUGAAAACUGGCGGUAA